AUGAGGUUCAAACUAAGAAGCCAGACGUACGUAAACAAUAGAACCCACGAGGCGCUAUGGCAACGACAGCAACAGGAAGCACAGGAGGACAAUCUUCAUCUGUGUCUGUACCGUCCGCCCACACGCCGCCACACGCCGCCACACGCCGCCGCCACACGCCGCCGCAGCAUCGGGACGUUUUCCUAUAACUCGGCCGACAUCGUGGUGAAGCAGGGCCCCUUCAGUCUGGACGACUCCCGGGACUACAGUGUGUAUGUGCGGGUGGGGGACGGGGGCCAGUCCCUGCUCACCAGCGUCACCCAGGUCUCCAUCAAGGCGUGUCGCUGUGACGCCCGCAGGGUGCCCACCCAGUGUAAGGUGUCCGCUCGCAGGAUGGGCGUCAGCGUGCACGCCCUCAUCGCUAUCCUGCUCUGCAUCCUCACCAUCCUAGAUGUCAGACUCCACCUCAGUUAUUGUUGUUCCCUGCAAAGGAUUCUGGGACAUCGUGUUUACCUCGGCUUCAGGAAUCACAUGUUUGUUUGUUUGGGCUCAGUGCAGAUGGAUCCAUGA